CCUCGGCCGCACCGCACCAGGCCGAGGCGCCCCCGAAGGUAAUCAUUGCCAAAUGAGGAGGAAAGGACGAUGUCAUCGAGGUUCUGCAGCCAGGCAUCCUUCUUCCCUGUGCAGUAUUAAACACUCCCCCACUCGAGAAACACUGACGUAUGCACAAGCUCAAAAGAUGGUGGAGAUAGAAAUCGAAGGGCGCUUGCAUCGGAUCAGUAUUUUUGAUCCCUUGGAGAUCAUACUAGAUGACCUCACUGCUCAAGAAAUGAGUGAAUGCAACAGUAAUAAGGAGAACAGCGAGAGGCCACCUGUUUGCUUAAGAACUAAGCGUCACAAAAACAACAGAGUCAAAAAGAAAAAUGAAGUCCUGCCUAGCACCCACGGCACACCGUCUUCAGCCAGUGCCCUUCCCGAGCCCAAGGUGCGGAUUGUGGAGUACAGUCCUCCCUCUGCACCCAGGAGGCCCCCUGUGUACUACAAGUUCAUCGAGAAGUCAGCCGAGGAGCUGGACAAUGAGGUAGAGUACGACAUGGACGAGGAAGACUACGCCUGGUUAGAGAUCAUCAAUGAGAAGCGGAAGGGCGACUGUGUCUCUGCUGUGUCACAGAAUAUGUUUGAGUUCCUGAUGGAUCGCUUCGAGAAGGAGUCUUACUGUGAGAACCAGAAGCAGGGUGAGCAGCAGUCCUUGAUAGAUGAGGACGCUGUUUGCUGCAUUUGCAUGGACGGGGAGUGCCAGAACAGCAACGUUAUACUCUUCUGUGACAUGUGCAACCUGGCUGUGCACCAGGAGUGCUACGGGGUACCCUACAUCCCUGAGGGCCAGUGGCUUUGCAGCCACUGCCUGCAGUCUCAGGCCCGCCCUGCGGAUUGCGUGUUGUGCCCGAAUAAGGGCGGUGCCUUCAAAAAGACAGACGAUGACCGCUGGGGCCACGUGGUAUGUGCCCUGUGGAUCCCAGAGGUUGGCUUUGCCAACACCGUAUUCAUUGAGCCCAUUGAUGGUGUGAGAAACAUACCUCCUGCCCGGUGGAAACUGAAAUGCUACCUCUGUAAGCAGAAAGGUGUGGGUGCCUGCAUUCAGUGCCACAAAGCAAAUUGCUACACAGCAUUCCAUGUGACAUGUGCCCAGAAGGCUGGCCUGUACAUGAAAAUGGAGCCUGUGAAGGAGCUGACUGGAGGCAGCGCCACGUUCUCUGUCAGAAAGACUGCUUACUGUGAUGUCCACACCCCUCCAGGCUGUACCCGGAGGCCGUUGAACAUUUAUGGAGAUGUUGAAAUGAAAAAUGGUGUGUGUCAAAAAGAAAGCUCAGUCAAAACGGUCAGGUCUACAUCCAAGGUCAGGAAAAAAGCAAAAAAGGCUAAGAAAACACUGGCUGAGCCCUGUGCGGUCCUGCCGACCGUGUGCGCUCCGUAUAUCCCCCCUCAGAGAUUAAAUAGGAUUGCGAAUCAGGUGGCCAUUCAGCGGAAGAAGCAGUUUGUGGAGCGAGCCCACAGCUACUGGUUGCUCAAAAGGCUGUCUAGGAAUGGUGCACCCCUGUUGCGGCGGCUCCAGUCCAGCCUGCAGUCCCAGAGAAAUACGCAGCAGAGAGAAAACGAUGAAGAGAUGAAAGCUGCCAAAGAGAAGCUAAAGUACUGGCAGCGGCUGCGACAAGACCUAGAACGUGCACGCCUGCUAAUCGAGCUGCUGCGCAAGCGGGAGAAACUCAAGCGAGAGCAGGUGAAGGUGGAGCAGAUGGCCAUGGAGCUCCGCCUGACACCGCUGACUGUGCUGCUCCGCUCAGUCCUGGAGCAGCUACAGGAGAAGGACCCUGCAAAGAUCUUUGCCCAGCCGGUGAGUCUCAAGGAGGUACCAGAUUAUUUGGAUCACAUUAAACACCCCAUGGACUUUGCUACAAUGAGGAAACGGCUAGAAGCGCAAGGGUAUACAAACCUCCAUGCGUUUGAGGAGGAUUUUAAUCUCAUUGUAGAUAACUGCAUGAAGUACAAUGCCAAGGACACCGUGUUCUAUAGAGCUGCAGUGAGGCUGCGUGACCAGGGAGGGGUUGUCCUGAGGCAGGCCCGGAGAGAGGUGGAGAGCAUUGGCCUGGAAGAGGCCUCCGGAAUACACCUGCCUGAGCGACCCAUCGCAGCCCCUCGGUGGCCCUUCUCUUGGGAAGAGGGUAAAAACUGUAUCCAGGAGGACAGCGGAUGCUUUUCCUCUCAGACUGCACUCACUAAGACUCCAGCAUGUGGGCCGAGUGAGUGCUCCUGAGGUGCAUGCACCUCGUAUAUGCAGCACGUGGUCCUCACCACAUUUUUACAUACCCAUUGGGAGAAACACAUAUCUAGGUGCUGAAGGCACCGAAGACACCAUAGUUGAGGAUUCAUCCCUGAAGGGUCUGACCUUGCUUCUGAGGAGGUCGUGCAUUGAGAAGGCAGCUGUUUAUUAGUCGUCACAUUUCAGCUGAGAAACAGAAGCAGGAGCUAAUGUUGGCUGUGCCUCUGAUCCUCUCUCGGGGAUGCUUGCAGGAUGCAUUGAGGGCUCAGCCUUAGCCUGCUUCUAGGACAUGGCCUAACCCUUGUAAUCCUACAGGGCAAGCUUGCUCUCUGGGCCCCACCAUGC